AUUUAUGAAAAACAAUUUAAGAAAUAAUAGAAAGGAAACAAAUAUUUUAUGUCGUUUAUAAUAAUUGUGAUUUAUUAAUCCAUGAAUUGUUAGUCGGUGGGAAGCCGAGCCAUUUAACAUAUACAUUGUCUCCAUUACUUUUAAGUACUUUUUCCACGAGAUAAAUAUGAGGGUAUUUAGUCUUUUGUAAUUCUUUUUCGUAAAAACAUCCACUAAUAGGUUGACCAUUAAAAUCUUCAAGGAGAUAUGUUGGCGGGUUGGUUAGGUUUACUUUUCUUAUCAUAAAAAUUUCCGUUGUCCAAUUUGGUGUGAUUAAAACUAAAUUCCUUCCACAUUUUUUUCAGAAAUUUCUGUAUAAAUAACUGUUUCAGUUUAGGAUGUAUCUCAUACCGUCGACGAUGAAUCUCAGAGAAGAACUUUUACAAGUUGAAGAGGAAGUUUUGUUCAAGCCUUGUAAAAAGGUUAUUGAAUUAAAACAAAAUGAAAAAUAUCGUAUUGGUAAACUGAAACGUUGUGUUACGAAAUUUGGAGAACGAAUUGUUGCUGAUUUGGGCGAAUUUCAGACUUUCUUCCCAAUGCGAUACAACAAAUUGUCAGACGCUGCAAUAACCGAAAUCAAUCGAGGUUCAUUCAACUUUACCUAUUUAUGUCCGUUAGGACGAACUGCUAGUAUUAAAAUUGAAGAAGAACUGUAAAUUAUUAAAUAAACCUUACAUGUUCUGAGCAUA